AUGGUACAUGAUGGUCAUUGUGGUGGCAGCAACCAUGGAGGUCGUAGGAUUCAUCACAAGGUACCACUCUCUGAUGCCCCACAAAUCGCAUUUGGAUGUCAUGGUCCUCUAGGAUCUCAUCCUUCCCUCCACUCUAGAUACUGGUCGUUGCAAAACCCAACGGUGUUGCUACCAAUUACAAUUACUCAGUCCUUGGUCAUUUUAGCUCCAGUUGUGAAUGCUGCUAUGAAUUACGUGUUGGCCUCAAGAAUAAUUGCACAUGCCGGAAGUCAUUUUGGAUUCAUUUCAGCAAACAGAAUAGUUAUCUUCUUCGUGUCGUCGGAUAUUCUGACCUUCCUCAUACAAUGCGGUGGAGCCGCACUCUUCUUAAGUGGUUCGACUUCAAGCUCAGACUUGGGUAGAAACAUUCUGCUCGGCGGUCUGGCACUUCAAGUGCCAAGUUUCGGUCUCUUUAUGGCUUCCAUGUUCGUAUUCGAUUACAGAACAAGGAAGCAGCUCUCGCGACCGCUGCGAAAGCAAUGGGAACCUUUACUUUGGGCCUUGUAUAUCUCGUCUCUGUGCAUUAUGAUCCGUUCUGUAUUCCGUGUCGUUGAGUUCUCGCAGGGCAAGAAUGGAUACAUUUCGGCUCAUGAAAUUUACUUUUACAUAUUCGACACGAUACUUAUGUACAUUGCAACAGUUGCUCUGAUAAUCGUUCAUCCUGGACGAUACUUGGGAGUUAUUGGCCAGACAAAGAGGGAUGCUAUCAUUGCCAGCGAAGAAGGCACAGACUCUGCUCUAAGCAACCCUGUAACGAUGGUUGAUCUUGGAAAGGCCACAGACGACCAUGUGCCCAAGAAGGUCGCGGAAGGAUCACAGCGACAGAACACUCUCACACGACGAGACCAUGAAAACAAUAUGAUAUCUGUAUUGAAAUUUCUUGUAUACAUUGGAGGGGCGUUGGGAUUUUGCUUCCUCAUUCUCAGUCUGGCGAGUGGACUAUAUCUACUAGCUGAAUGGGUCGAGGAGUAUACUGUUCAAGCCAAAAAAGUUAUUCGAUGGACUUCUUAUAUCGUCAUAGCCACACAUCUCUUGCUGUUUCUCGAUAACUUGCCAUGGUGGCGUCUCAUAUACUCCUUUGGUUGUCAGCUGUGGUAUUUGCAGCUGUUGCCGAGCUUCCCAAUCAUUGAAUUAACAAAUCCAGUCUUCCUGGGCGUUUGUGGAAUGGUCGUCAUCAACCAUUUCAUAUGGUUUUGGUACUUUACACAAAAGUAUCAUCCAUUUUCACAGAUUGCUACCUUUUUCGGAUUAUGUGUGUGGUUGGUGCCGUUCCUCUACUUCAUAUCUCUAAGUGCCAAUGAUUACACGUUACCAGCAUUCGAUCAAUCGUCUGCAAGUCGGUAUGGAGAGAAUGGAUCUCAAACCUCGCGGAAACGCAGUCUGGUCAAAACCAUUGUUAAUUUCUUCCUUCGCCGUGAUGAUUCUGGAGGACUACCUCCGACCAGUGGCCACCAGUCGUUACGUGACAGCAAGGCACUGUAA